UCAAAGUGUAGCAAUCUCUGUUUUAAGACCAAUUCUCUCUCUUCUCUCCUCACAUAGAAAGUGAAGGAAAAUCCCGUCAAUUUCUCUCUUCCUCUCCUCGUAAAAUCCUUUUGGUUUUUCCCUUCCUCUGUUUUUCAUCCUCUCUUCUCCUCUGUGCCAACGAGUUAGGAGAGAGAAUCACACCCAAAUUCUCUCUCUUAAUCCACCAUAUCUCGCCGUUCUUGAAGGGAAAUCAUGUUGAUCUCUGACAACAAGGUUUCAAUGCAGACAACAAACCUUGAAAGCUUCUUAAAUCACACAACGCCCCUUGCCCCUUCCCAGUUUCUCUCAAAGAGUGAGGCAAGGAAGCUUAACAAGCUAUGGCAUCCAUGUGAAAGGGAGAAAGUUGACUACUUUGUUCUUGCUGAUCUUUGGAGUAGUUUUGAUGAAUGGAGUGCUUACGGCGCCGGUGUUCCGAUCGCCUCCGACGACGGCCAGAAUCUCGUUCAAUACUUCGUGCCUUACCUCUCUGCAAUCCAGAUUUUCACCAGCAGUUCAUCUGCAAACUGCUUGAGGGAAGAGACUGAUUCGGUGAGUGAGACAAGGGACUCGUUUAGUGAUUCGUUUAGUGACGAGAGCGAGAGUGAGAAGUUGUCGAGGUGGGAUGGGUGCUCGUCCGAGGAGGGGAUAUGCGAACAGGAUUUGUGGCAUCAGAAUGACAGAUUGGGUAAUCUUUACCUUGAGUACUUUGAGAGAUCGUCUCCCUAUGGAAGGGUCCCUCUCACGGACAAGAUUAGUAGCUUAGCUCAAAGCCAUCGGGGAUUAAUGUCGUUAAGAAGUGUAGAUCUUUCACCGGCUAGUUGGAUGGCCAUCGCCUGGUACCCUAUCUAUCACAUUCCGACCGGUAGAACCAAUAGAGACUUGCAAACGUGUUUCCUCACGUACCACACCCUUUCCUCCUCGUUUCAAGACAUGGACUUAGGCGAUAACGACGUAGACAAUUUGAAGAGGGAAAGAAAGGAAGGGAAAAGUAUCUCUCUCCCUCCAUUUGGUUUGGCAAGUUACAAGAUGCAAGGGGACGUGUGGCUUUCAGACGAGAACGGCCUCGACCGGGAGAGGAUGGCGUCGCUCUUGAGCGUGGCCGAUUCUUGGCUAAAGCAAUUGAGGGUUCAACAUCUCGACUUCAACUACUUCAUGGGAAUGCGGCAUGGCUAAUACACACACCCCUUUACGUCGCCGUCUAUGAAGCCCCCCCCCCCCCCCACCCCACGAGAUAGGCCAUCGUAGAUCAGAACCAGGCUCUCCCGUAGCUGCAGCGUCGUUUCGAGCUUGUUUAGGACUAGUCUUUUUAAUGGUAUUUUAGGACAAGUGAGACUAACUUUGAAGGCUUUUUCUUUUUAUUUGUUUUAGUUUUGCAAGAGAAGGCUUGUGAUGAAGCAAAUGUAAGGUGAAAAUAAUUUGUGAUUCUGUUUUCUGACUC